GGGGCGGGUGACGGGGCGCGCAGGGGCGGGUUGUCGCGCCGCGGCUGGCGGCCGUAAAGCGCGGAAGGUCAGUGCGUCUUCCCCCCCCCUCGCCGCUUCAGGUGAGCCGGCGCGGCCCCGCCGUUCCCCCGGCACCGCUCCUCCUCCUCCAGCCCGCCCCGCUCCCCGGGGCCGGGAAUGCGGCGGAGGAGAGCAGGCCGAGCCCCCCUUCCCGCCCUGCGAGCCGUUGCCGUGAGGGUCCGGGCGGGCAGCGCGGCGGCUCCUCCGGCGGUGCCGCCCUCCCGACACGGAUCCGUGAGGAGGCACCAGCCUGCAGCACGGGGUUAGGGACAUGGGCUGAGAGCUCUGUGGUGGUACCGCAGCCAGCGGCCCUGGGAGCGUGUGGUGGGAGAGCCCAGGGUGUCGGAGAGAGCCUCUGCGGCUCCUCGAUGUGGUUGCUGUGACCGGACUCUGUGUCCUGCCUCAGAAGGAGUGGUCCUUAGCUAACGUCUGGACACAUCUAGGCGGUGCUUCAAGAAACCUGGCAAACAGCUGCCAGGAUGUUUCUCCGGUUGCUAUCAGAUAUCCAUUGGCGGGUGGCUAACCCAAAAUGGAGAAGAAUGACCUGCUCCCGGCAAAGCACCUCAAGUACAGCAGAACCUCAUCCAGUUGCCUUGCCGGCACAGGCACAGGUUGUCAUCUGUGGUGGUGGAAUCAUGGGCACCUCUGUGGCAUAUCACCUUUCCAAGAUGGGUUGGAAGGAUAUAGUCUUACUUGAGCAGGGCAGGUUAGCUGCUGGUACCACUCGCUUCUGUGCUGGCAUCGUGAGCACAGCCAGACACGCAUCCAUUGAGCUGAAGAUGGCAGACUAUUCAAACAAGCUCUACCAGCAGCUGGAACAAGAGACAGGAGUAAAAACAGGGUACGUGAAGACAGGCUCCAUUUCACUGGCUCAGACUCAGGAUCGACUAAUCUCUCUGAAACGCAUCGCUUCAUCACUGAAUGUAAUGGGGAUACCUUGUGAAAUUAUCACCCCAAAGAAGGUGGCACAACUCCACCCACUGAUCAACAUCCAUGACCUUGUGGGGGCCAUGUAUGUGCCAGAAGAUGCUCUUGUGUCGUCUGCCAAUGUGAGUCUGGCUCUGGCAACUGCUGCCUCACGGAAUGGUGUCCAGAUCCAUGAAAGGACGAGUGUCAGUCAUGUCUCAGUCCAGAAGGGUCGUGUGACUGCCAUCGAGACCGACAGAGGACAGAUCAAAUGCCAGUACUUUGUCAACUGUGCUGGCCAGGUUGAAUUACUGAAAUCUUUCUUUCUUUUUGUCUUUGCUUAAGGACAUGUGCACUUCCCUCAGUUGGUUUUUUGUUUCUGUUUGUUUUCCCUUUUUUAUGGUUUGUGCUUUGGCUUGGUUUACUGGAGUAGAUCACAGUCAUGUUAUUCAGCUUCUCAGGCCAGCAAGGGUGUGAAGAAAGAGAGCAGUGCUUGCUCUCUGCUUGCCACCAAAGGCUGGAUGUUAACCUGCUAAGCAGCACCCUGCAGGUUGUUGGUACAGCUCUGCGCAUGGUCUCUUUCUUGGGGGGUGUGCCCUUCUGAUUGGGAAAAAUUUUUUUGUGGCUCUUAGUGAGAGAGUUAAGCCUCCACCCUUCUUUCUCCCUCCUGCCCCCAAAAUUCCUUUUAUUUUCUUUUUCCUUAGUGUCACGUCUUUUCCACUGUGAAAUUACAUCUGACAGUUGCUAUUUCUCAACUAGCAGCUGGCUGUCUUGAUAGUAUGAGGUCCUAGCAGUACAAGCACCUAAAUCCUGAUUAUUCUGCUUCUAGAGGCUGAUCCUAGCACUGGCUUUGGUGUACAAAUCUUGUUUUGCUUUUGUAUUGUAAGUUGGUACUACUUAGUCUUGAAUCAGGGCCCCACUUUUCUAGAUCUUAUGUGAGGAACAGAAAAACAACCUUUAUCCUAAAUAAUUCAAAUCCUAAGAAAAGAGAAAAAAAAAUCUGUCUGUUUAAGGUUUAAAGGACUGAACCAAAUCUUCGUUAAUCUUAUAUGAAAACAAACUCACAGAGAUGACCUGUGAGUCACCCCUCAAAGUCAAAAAGGCUUUUGUCCUGCCUUUUUUGUUGGAGUUAUUUUUUUUCUUUUGUGUUCUAUCCUGCACUUAUUUUUAUUUCAGUGGGCCUAUGAGUUGGGCCAUGCCACAGAGGAAGCAGUCAAUAUCCCACUCCAUGCCUGCGAACACUUCUACAUCCUGACGCAUCCUUUGAAUGACCCUCUGGCAAGCAACUUACCAACAGUCGUAGACCCAGAUGGCAGGAUCUACAUACGCAACUGGCAAGGUGGCAUCCUCUCGGGAGGCUUUGAAAAAAACCCCAAACCUCUAUUCACAGAGGGACGGAACCAGCUGGAGAUUCAGAACCUCCAAGAAGACUGGGAUCAUUUUGAGCCACUUCUGGGUGCCCUUCUGCGCAGGAUGCCGGAUUUGGAGGCUCUGCAGAUCAUGCAGCUCGUGAACUGCCCCGAGUCCUUCACACCAGAUAUGCGGUGUAUCAUGGGAGAGUCACCCACUGUUCGGGGCUACUUUGUUCUGGCUGGCAUGAACUCAGCUGGUAUCUCAUAUGGUGGGGGAGCAGGCAAGUACCUGGCAGAGUGGAUGGUAAAUGGAUAUCCCUCAGAAAAUGUCUGGCCUCUGGAUUUGAAACGUUUUGGUGCCCUUCAGAGCAGUCGCACUUUCCUCCGUCACCGUGUGAUGGAAGUAAUGCCCCUGAUGUGUGAUCUGAAAGUUCCCCGUUGGGACUUCCAGACUGGCAGGCAGCUGCGUACCUCACCGUUGUAUGACCGUCUGGAUGCUCAGGGAGCCAGGUGGAUGGAGAAGCAUGGAUUUGAGAGAGUCAAGUAUUUUGUGCCACCUGGGAAUGAUCUGCUGGAUUUGGGUCAGAGCAAGACCUUUUACAAACCAGACUGGUUUGAUAUUGUGGGUUCUGAAGUUAAGUGCUGUAAGGAAGCAGUUUGUGUCAUUGACAUGUCAUCUUUUACCAAGUUUGAAAUAAGUUCCACAGGAGACCAGGCCCUGGAGAGUCUGCAGUAUCUCUUCUCCAAUGACCUGGAUGUGCCGGUUGGGCAUGUUGUGCAUACAGGCAUGCUUAAUGAGAAAGGAGGUUAUGAGAAUGACUGCAGCAUAGCACGGCUGAGCAAACGCAGCUUCUUCAUGAUUUCCCCUACUGACCAACAAGUCCAUUGCUGGGCCUGGCUGAAGAACCGCUUGCCUGAUGACAGCAGCCUGACCGUGGAAGACGUGACCUGGAAAUACACAGCUCUCAAUCUGAUCGGCCCCCGUGCUGUGGAUGUCUUGUCAGAGUUGUCGUAUGCCCCAAUAACUCCAGAACACUUUCCCUCUUUCUUUUGCAAGGAGAUGAGCGUGGGCUAUGCUAAUGGCAUCCGUGUGAUGAGUAUCACUCACACAGGAGAACCUGGAUUCAUGCUUUAUAUCCCUAUAGAGUACGCCCUUCAUGUGUACAACGAGGUGAUGAACAUGGGACAGAAGUACGGGAUUCGCAAUGCUGGUUAUUACGCACUCCGCAGCCUGCGCAUUGAGAAGUUCUUUGCAUUCUGGGGCCAGGAUCUGGACGCUUUUACCACUCCUAUGGAGUGUGGACGCGAGUUCCAGGUCAAGCUGGACAAGGGAAUGCAGUUUGUUGGCCAGGAAGCGCUGCUGGAACAGAAGCAGAACGGUGUAUACAAGCGCUUUACCAUGUUCAUUCUUGAGGACCACGACACAGACACGGACCUCUGGCCCUGGUGGGGGGAGCCCAUCUUCCGCAACGGCCACUACGUGGGCAAGACCACCAGCAGUGCCUACAGCUACACUCUGGAGCGCCAUGUCUGCCUCGGCUUCGUGCACCACUUUGAUGAGAAGACAGGAGAAAAGCUGGUGGUGACAACUGACUUCGUCAACCAGGGCGAGUAUGAGAUCGAUAUUGCUGGGCACCGCUUCCAGGCCAAGGCCAAGCUUUACCCUUUCAGCUCCUUGUUCACGCACCGUCGCCGCAAGGAUGAGAUGGAACUCAGUGGCUACCAGGGGGAGUAGUGCUGACUAGACUAACCUGCACCUUUUCCCAAGCUGGAGUCUUCUCCCACCAUCUUCCAGUCUUUUCUCUUCACCGAUACAUUUCUUUCUUUUCGUUUCUUGUCUUGCAACUUUUAAACUUUUUCCAGUGUGUUACAUUUUGUAUAUUUUAAAACUUUAAUUUUCAAGCUUUCCCAGUCUCGUCUGUCUCCCUCCUUCAACCCUUUGCUUGCCAGGCUCUCCUGUGCCCCAGUGGACGAAGCACAGUGCCACAGAUGCAUCCAGAAGUCCAUGGGAAGCCUGUACAGGAGUGAACCCCACCAGAGGCCCUAGCCCUAUGGUGACAGGAAGGGGCUCAGGUGAACCCUCCUGAAGACUAAACCCUUCUCAUCUCUUCUGCAGCACAAGGCAUGAGGCAGCAGCUCUUUGCUGCCUGUAGUUCAGAUGAACGCUGUGAUUUUCCCCUGCUCUCCACAUAUCAUGCCGUAGAGGGGUCGCUGCGUCAACGCACACAGCAAUAGAACGGUCAGCUACCUCACUGGCAUGAGACAUAGCGUUGUGAGAGCAGCAGCCAAAAGGCAGGUUUUGGUAGAUUCUAGUUUUAAAGUGUGUUGUUUGUUGUUGGGAUUGGAUUCUUUGCGUGGGGUCACUGAAACUUAAAUAGCCUUCUAUAAAUACAAUUGAAGAUCAAUAUGUGCGUUUCACAUCUAUAAAGGAAUGGGAUUUGUUGGGGGGGUUUAUUAGCAAAAAUAGUGUUUUCUAACAAGGACAGAUGUUAGUGUUUAAUGUUAAUAGCAUUGUUGAAAUGCUGCUUCUGUUUCAGCUGCGCAGUGUACAAUCAAUAUGGGGAUUUUCUUUCGCAGUUUUCUGUUUAUGUGACUUGGUUAAGCUUGUCUGGCAAGGUUCGUGUAAAGCUUGUGUUGGUUUGGGGAACUUGAGCAGCAGGACAGGACAUCUUGUGGUUUUAGCUACCUGUGGUUAUUCUGAAAAGUAGAGAGAAAGACCCAGCAUUUGUCUCACCUGUGGUGCUGAUUUGCAAGAAACACUAGGGUUUCUUCUGGUGGUGAGAAAGCUUCUCAGCAGCUCCUGCUGGACUCAAGAAGUUGUCCUCUGUCUCCUCACAUCUGUUGCACUUCUUACUACUUUUUCUUGGUAGUACCUCAGCUGAACGAAUUGAAUAGAGGGAGUUAAGGGAGUGCAGCAGUGGGAUUAUAAAUUGCUUUCCUUCAGCAAAGGUCUUUGUGUCAUGCCUCUUGUACAGAUGCUUUAGACAGUGCAGCUGGGAUUCACUCCUUCUUUAGGUGUCAAAAUGUGCUGGUUGAAACCUGACGAUAAAUGGUAAAGAAGUGGGGGGAUGCUGAAUUGUGUUUCAUAUGUUUACAUCUUCUCCUUUUUCUUCUUCCCAUUGUGAGCACAAUUAAAAGCAAAGAUUCUUUUUACUUACCUGAAAAAGAUCUGUUAAACACUUCCUCUGCCUCUGCCACUUGCGUACUCAUCGUGGUCUUUGUGCUCCAGCAUCUUCCUGUCUGAAGUUCAGACACAACCUUGCACUCGUGUCUGCUGUGUCAGCCAUGAUGAACACUUCCUCUAUGGCCUAGAAUCUUUUUGGGGCACUUUAUUUUCCGGUUAAAUUGGCAUCAGUAGUGUAAGUAUGAGCCCAAAACCUUCCCUGGUUCUUGUUUGAAGUUUGCUUUCUGCUGCUUGAGUUGCUUCAGGUCAUGCUGUCAGUUGAGUCUGGUGUGUGCCUGUUAAUGAUCUAGGUGUUCACAGCAUGCAGAAGGAGUCAGAUGGCCCUAAGGCAGCAAAGGUGAAAGUCCAAAACUUUUACACCUUAAAAACAGAUUGUCAGAGCAAGCUCCCCCAUCCGAGGUGACUCGUAAGGGUGGAGAGUUGGGAAGAGAAAUAAGGAUUUGAUCACACGGUGUAUGAGGUUGAACAUAAACACCACUUCUUUGAGCAUGUUCUCCCUUGUGACUGGUGAAUUCCUUUGUAGCGUGUGACCCUUCAAGGAUUUCAAACUUAUUUUUGAAUUUACAUGCAAAAAUUCACUGCUUUCUGAAGUGUAGUGAUCAUAGUAGGACAGCUCCUUAAGAUCUUGCAUCCAGGAGUGCUCUGCAUGGCUGCUGAAGGCAGAGAUUCCACUUGAUUGUCAUUCCUGCCAAAUUCCGCUAUUAUUGCUCUUGGCACUGAAAUUGACUGGUGUGUUAGAAUUAAUUACUUAAAUGAAACGUUCAUAAAACAUCUAAUAGCAGUUUAAAGUCCAAUCACUUCUCGCAUGUCUUUCCCACAUAGAUACUGUGAACCCACUAUUCCCAUAUGGGAUGUGCGUACCAAAGAGGAUGUUGGGCCCUCGGUUGGUUUUAUGGGAUGUUGCUGUGCCUUCCCUGUCCAGGGAAACGGGUGUUCAACCAAAGAAAGAGUUCUAUACGUGAUGCUUAGGAUGUGUCUUCAAGCAGCCCUUCUGACUAGAGUUGAUUGACCAUUUGUUGUUGCUGCUGAAGCAUGAUACAUCUCCCGGAGAAGACGAAGUGCACUGCUAAGGUGAGCGAAAGUACUCAGUGCAACUCCUGAUGAGAGGUUCAUUCAGUUUGUUCUCUGCAGAGUUAGAACUAGUUAAGACCAACCUGGAAAGUUACCACCAUGCUGUCCUCUGCCAACUACUCGUUCCUGAAGUAGCAUUAUUUAAGUUUCAGACAGAUUAUAUUCCUCCUUGUGAUUAUUUUUUUCUUUUCCCUAAUUUAUAGGUGCUUAUUAGUUCCUCAGACAACUUUUGAUACGCGUGUCUCUUCCCCAGCAGUUCUAACAGUGAAAUUGUGGUUUGUGAUCUACUUUUGUCAUUAUGUCUGCUUGCGUUUAUUUUCUGUCUAGAUCUGCUGACCUUUCAACACCAAAAAUAGAGAGUGAAAACAGUUUUCUGCCACGUUGAUAGAUAUAGCAACGCUCUCUGCAAUGCUGUGUUUGCUUUUUGAGACUUUGUGAUAGGUGGUUUGAUAAUUGUCAGUCUUGCAGCUCAUUAACACCUACUCUGGCUUUCCCUGCUCGGAAUCCUGAUUCUUGUUUUGUAUCAGAAGCUGUAGUCUUCAGCUGCUCUUCAAGCUUAGUUGAUUUAAUUUCUGGCAGCUAUUUUUAACCUUACAAUGUUAAAGAAUUGUUUGCCUUCACCAGCUUGAAUACCUGUCAAGGGGACAGUUGGAUAGUCUCUUUUAAAACAGUGGUAGAUACUGAGGCCGAGGAAGGUCCGUCUAAUUUAGUGUUUUCUUCCAGAGGUAUUAAACAGUGAUGUAAAGCUCUAAUCGCUUUAUCUGAGGACUAAAAGUGGAGUGCCUAAAAAUAGAACAACAAAGUCUGUUGAAGAGUUACCACCUUUAGUACACCUUUGAAUUAGAAAUUGGAUCUUGGAAGGUGCUGUGACACCAUCUUAGCAUCUGAGAUGCUAAAUAACGUGGUCUGUAAAGUUAUACAUCAUGAUUCUUACCCUUAAAAUGGCUUUAAAAUGCUUUCUGCUGAGAAAGGUGGUUUGUUCUCAUCCUGCAUGUUAAGGCAAGGGGCAUUGGAUGGGAAAUACUAAAAUAGCAUCCCCCUCCUCUGCAGUGACAGGGGCAAUGGCCUCAUGCUGCACUGAGGCAGCAGCAGUCUGCCCAAUGCACCUUGUGUGUAGGAGUUGUGGGGUUGCUGUCAGUUCUGCAAGUCUUGUGGCCCAGAAUGGGAACAAUCCUGUAGGUUUUGUUUAUGGGAAGUUAAUGGGAGUUUAGUAUGAGAAAAUAACUUCUCUUUUUGGCUAAAAUAUUAUAAGUUGAGCAUCCCUGCUCAUUGCAGGGAGGUUGGACUAGAUGACUUUUGACGGUCCCUUCCAACACAAACCAUUCUAUGAUUCUAUAACCUGUGUUAGGAUAAACUUAUUGCCGAUCAGGGACAAAUGUUAAGGGAAGGGUGACCCAUGGGGAGAUAGGCCACGGGGGGUGAUGUGCACUUGGCAUGUGUAAGCUUGUUUUUUCUUACCUCAGAAGUCAACAUCUGUGUGGGUUUGCUGGUGUGGCAGUGGUGAAUACAUCUAAAUCUAUGGCAUUCCUCUAUGCUAGGAAGGGCUUUCUUGGCGUGGUGUCAUCUGUAGUAUGGGGAACUGUGUAAGACGUAGCAGCCUCUUCCAUUGAAUUCCUUUCUCCAGAGGUAUUACAUUAUCUUACAGUUGUUAUGUCCUUCCCUGAGCUGUCAUGUUUUGUUAGUCCCUGCAUGAGUACUGAGAGGCUUGAGUAGAAGUGGUGUUAAAGGAAGUUUCUUGUUCAUAUUUAAUGAUCUGGGGAUAAAGUUAAAGCAGUCUGUUUAUGAAUGUUUUCUCUUUCAGGAGAGUGUGUUACAGGGAUUUUCACAUCUGUACUUGCCAGACUUAAUUUCUUGUUUUCUCUAUGUUGACUCCAGUAUCCAUAUUUGAUGUGCCUUGUUGGACAGUUCCUUCUCAUUUUGUGACAAGGAGGGCAGGCCGUGUGAAGCUUCCACUGCAUUUCCAAGUCUUGCUGUAAACUUGAAUUCCUUCUUUCCACUGUUGCAUUCAAGCUGCUGCUGAUUGUGUUGCUGUUCCUGCGACACCUUCAAACUCAACCUGUGCUGCUAUAAGACCUCUCAUAUGUAGGGUUCUUCUCUAAUUCUACCUGAUGCUUCAUCAUCUGGGCCAGGUUGGCUCUAGCUCUUAUCUCUCUGCAUUGAGUUAAGCUCUUCAACUUUCAGAUAGUGCAGAUACCAACAUCCAAACUCCCAGGCAGGUUUGUGGCUGCUCUGUGUUCCACCAUGUAACACUCCUGCUCCCUGUACCAGGGUUUUCCCACUCUCCUUAAAACUUCUGUAAUCUUCCUCAGGCAGCUGAGUGCAUUAGUUCCUUUUGCCCAUCAGAGCACAAGGCACAGUGAAAUAAAAACAGGCAAGGGGAUGGAUGGCAGAGUGGCUGAGCUGAGGAAGGAGAGGCGUGAUUGCGGCUUGAUCCUUUGCCCGUUACUCACCCAGUUAAGCCCAGCCUUGGAGAGAGGAUCAGUCCUGAUUCCCAGCUCGGGGAGCAUCUUCCUCUGCAGCCUUAGUGCUGGACAAGCGCUGAGGGGCAGCGAUGGCCCUGGGCAGACUGGGGACAGUGAUCUGAGGAGUUGAGAGCAGUGGUGCUGUUCAUUUUUCAGCACACGUUUCCCACUCUCAUUUCUCGUGGCAAUGAAAGGAAUGGUGCUGCACAGGGAGGUGGGGAGUGCGUACCCUCGAUUGCUCACAGUGCUUGUCUCUCUGGCACAUAGAAUCAUAGAAUCAACAAGGUUGGCAAAGACCUUUAAGAUCAAGUCCAAUCAUUACCUAGGACUGCCUAGUAACUGGGAAAGCACAACAUUGCCAUCGCUGCCCUUGUCCUUCCAGCACACUUUAACGAAACAGUCACGUUUUGGGAAGAAAUCUGUGAAAAUAAGGUAGAAGUUGCCGUGUUUGGGGAGAGGGAGGUUGCUUGCAAGGGCAGAAGUUGUUUUUAUUUCAGACAGAAGGCUUGGCUGCUGAGAAUCAUAGAAUCCCAGACUGGUUUGGGUUGGAAGGGACCUUAAAGCUCAUCCAGUUCCAACCCCCUGCCAUGGGCAGGGACACCUUCCACUAGAGCAGGUUGCUCCAAGCCCCGUCCAACCUGGCCUUGAGCACUGCCAGGGAUGGGGCAGCCACAGCUUCUCUGGAUUUGUCUUCCCAAGUGAUUUUAUUCCAGUGCUUGGUCAGGUUAAUUUCUGCUCAUUUCAGGGUGCUUUUCUGUUUUAAACUACCUUUUCCUUAACUGAUUAAUUGGAUCUUCAUUUUUAAAAAGCAUUCGGUCAGGGAACAGGGCUUUGGGAAGGAGGGGUUUGGUGUCAGCAGGUGACUUUGAGGUGUCUCUAAAAAGCAUUCAUAAAUUUUCUUUGCACUUUAAAUUUCCCUUAAGCAUCAUGAUUGUAGCAUGGUUAUACCUCUCAGCAGGUGGAGUCUUUGCAUUUGAGAGAGGAAAAACAACUUUAAAUAUUUGUAGAUGCCUUAAAGGUUGAGAUGAGGUGUUUGGGCCCUGGUUGUGCCUGUUGUUUGAUUUUCCUCCUGGAACGCUGUGUGCUGAGCAUACAGAGCGGGUCCAAACCUUGGGUGGUAUUUCUGAGUGUUGGUGGAAGCUGCUGCUGCAGUGUGCUGCUGGUCUGAGCCUUCAGUAGGAAUUCCAAUUCCUACUGAAUGCCACUAAAAUAGCUGGGAGCUCCCGUGCCUGUACAGCUGUCUGGGCUUACACCUUCCCUUUUUCCCCCCUUUCCCAGAAAUAGAUUUAUUCACUGUGGCUCUCCAGCUCUAAUGGGUUUUCUUCUUCCUGGGGUAGUGUAGAGUACUCUGUGAGCGUCCCAUUGCAUUAAAGGAAACACAGAUCCUUGCUCAAACACUUCCCUGGUGUACCAGCUGAUGUUUGCAAGAGAAGCGGGAGCAGAGGAAUCUUGUGCCACCCCUAACAUUUGUGAAAAUGGGACUUCCCAUCUCCCAUUUGUCUCAAAGCUCUGCUGGGUUCCUGAUGUCAGACUAGCUAUGAGUUAUAGCACAAAACAAAGCGGUACGACACGCUACGCUGCCAGAGAAGCAACCCAAGCCACACUUAGGGGAAGGAGCACACGUGUGCUGUGAGUGCAGGUGGUUCCAGACUGGUGGCAGGCAGCUGGCUGAUGGUAACACUUCCAGCAUCUUCAGCAGGAGUCAGGGAAACCUCUUUUUGGUCCAGAUGAGCUCCAUGCUGCUGCUCCUGGUACAAGAUCUUUUCUUUCUGUCACUUUCUGCUCUCCUAGCUGUGUAUGCAUGAUGGCUUUUGCAUACAUAGCUGUGUUACAGGAGCCCUGAAUUCUGUGGGAGAAGGGCUCCCUGUUCUAGGACAAACACACAGUGCAGGUCUCCUGAGAGGAGACUGCUAUCUGCACCAGUACCUCCCUUCUCCACCAUUGCUUGUGGGUAUCAAUACACCAGUAUGUGUCCAAAGCUCCUUCAUGCUCUUAUCAAUCUCCAGAGAUUUUAGAGGGCUCGGAGGACUCCUGAAGUGUGCUGCUGCUGAAAUUUUAAGAACAACUGAAGUUUGAACCUGUGAAAACAUUUUCCUAGUGCCUUAUGCUUGUGAAUUUUGUGCAAUGGGUGUAGCUGAGCUGGGACAGAGCAAGGAACAACUUCAGUAGCGUGGUUCCCCAUCCACUUCAGUCAUCUCCCUCUCUCUUCCUUUGCAGUGUCAUGGCAGGCAGACACCCACAGAUCACCUCUAGCAGCCUGGGGAUGCUUUUUUAUACUUUUGAGAUGUGGGGUUGUAGAAACCUCACGCUGAGUGGUUGCAUUUGAGAGGAGCUGUGGUCUCGCCUCUGCCAGUCGUGGAUUCAAAGGGGUUUGGGAGAGACAAAGCUGCUCUGAUGGCUAAACCCCAUGGUGGAGGACAUGGGCAGUUGUUCCCAAGCGCACAAGUCAGGGUGAGUUUGCUGCUCUCCACUGAGGCCAUGUUAUAUAUGCUGUACUUAUUUCAUGCUUUAUUUCAUGUUUUGAUUGGCCUAAUUGUUGCUUGGUUUGUAUAUUAAUAAAGAGGCAUUUUAACUA